UGUGUGUGUGUGUCUCUCUCUCUCUCUCUCUUCCCCCUCUCCCCCCUCCCUUCCCAAGCUCUCUAACAUUAAAGCGAAAAUGCUCCUUUCUGUGCCUCCUCGUGCAGGGAUCGCCACUUUUGGCUACAACAAAAGCAACAAGAAGCAGCCUUAUGUCUCAGUGGCUCAGCAGAUGGCACCCCCAAGUCCUAGUGGCAGCAGCAACAACAACAGCAGCAGCAGCAGUGGGCCAGGCGGUGGCGGUGGCGGUGGGGACCAGCUGAGCAAAACCAACUUGUACAUCCGGGGUCUGCACCCAGGUACCACAGACCAGGACCUUGUCAAGCUGUGCCAACCGUAUGGCAAAAUUGUGUCCACCAAGGCCAUUCUAGACAAAACGACCAACAAAUGCAAAGGAUAUGGCUUUGUGGAUUUUGACAGCCCCACAGCAGCCCAGAAGGCCGUGACUGCACUGAAGGCUAGUGGGGUGCAGGCCCAGAUGGCCAAGCAACAGGAGCAGGAUCCUACCAACCUAUACCUGUCAAAUUUGCCUCUGGGCAUGGAUGAGGCUGAAUUGGAGUCCAUGUUGAAGCCAUUUGGACAGGUCAUCUCUACACGCAUCCUGCGUGAUGCUAGUGGCACCAGCCGGGGAGUUGGCUUUGCCAGGAUGGAGUCCACAGAAAAAUGUGAAGCCAUCAUCACCCACUUCAAUGGCAAAUAUAUCAAGACACCCCCAGGGGUCCCAGGUGAGGAGUUCUGUGGCUGGGAAGAGGGUGGGAUGACCUUGACCUAUGACCCCACAACAGCGCUACAGAAUGGGUUCUACACGACACCCUACAGCCUGGCUCCCAACAGGAUGAUUGCCCAGACUGCGCUCUCCCCCUACCUUCCAUCACCCAUUUCCUCCUACCAGGUUCACAGCCCAUCAUGGAUGCACCAUCAGUCGUACCUCAUGCAGCCCACGGAGAACAGUGGCCAGCAGAGCCACGUGACAGUGGAGUCCCCAUCGGAUCAUGCUGCCUACUCAUAUCAGUACAACAAGUAACAACAGAAGGGCUGGGGCCGGAGACCUGCAGGGAUGGUCUCAGUGGGCACAGCGGAAGGAGGACGGAUGGGACUCCCGCCUGCAAGAGAUCCUCUUCUGCUUGUGUCAGCGCAGACCACAUCUGGGUCCAACCUGGCCCCGCCACCCGCCCCGGUAAUUGCUUCCGUUUUUCAUCCUUCUAGCAUGAUCGAGUGGCUCAACCCUGAGCAAUCACUUCAAGGGAGACAACUUUGGUUUUUUUAUUUUAUUUGUGCUG